UCUUGUUAGUAUUACUUAUGAACUAAGAAUACUUCAAUACAUUCUCUGUUCAUCUAUACGUGAAGAAUUUAAUUACAUAUUUGAGUAAAAAAUAAUAACUAGCCUGUAAAAUACAUUUAAUACAUAUUACAUAAAACGUUAUAUGUUUACUGUGAAGAUUCAGAAUGGAUCUCUUAGCAAUCUUUGGUUUCCUUGUUCUUAUUUACCAUCUGUUUUACAUGAUAUUUCCUUGGUUUCUGAAUUGUAACCUGCAGCUUGCAUUAAUGAAUAAAUAUGGGAAAUCGAUUGAAACCUUGCGUGGAAAGGUAGUGUGGAUUGUAGGAGCAUCUAGUGGCAUCGGAGAGUCUCUGGUUUACAGAUUGGCUUCAGUGGGUUGCAAAUUAAUUAUCUCAUCGAAUCAACCAGUCGAAUUACAGGAAGUUAAGAACAGUUGUUUAAAUAGAUUUAAAUAUCUGAAGGAAGACGAUAUAGAAGUACUAGCAAUGGAUGUUGUUAAGAUGGAAUCACACAAGCCUGCAUUUCGUCAUGUAAUCGAGAAAUUUGGACAGAUUGAUAUCCUAGUAAACAAUGUUGGUAAAAGUCAACAAGGUGCUUGGGAAAAUAUAGACCUUGAAGUUGAUAGAGAAAUGUUUGAUCUGAAUGUUUUUUCAAUAAUUUCUUUAAGUCGCAUUGUGUUACGCUAUUUCAUUAGCAGAGGCCAUGGCCACCUUGCAGUGACUUCUAGUCUGGAUGUACUCACUAGCUCUCCAUUUUCUGCCACAUAUACUGCAUCCAAGAGUGCUCUACAUGCAUACUUUGAGAGUUUAUUCAUGGAGAAAAUGAACUCUAACAUUCCAAUAACAAUAAUUUGUCCAGGUUCUGUACAGACUGAUAUAUUAUCUCAAGUUUUAAUUGACAAUCUUGAUGAAGUAAAUAAUAAACCAUCUUCAUAUGAAAAGAAUAAAAUAAGUCCUGCAUGCUGCAGCAGGCUAAUAGCUGUUGCAUUGGCAAAUAAACUUCAUGAAGUAUGGAUCUCACCACCACUUCUUCUACAAUUGACAUACAUGAAAGUAUACUAUCCCAAUAUUUACAAAUUUUUAAUGAAGAUCCUGGGUGCUAAUUUUAUGAAAAAAAUUCAUGACAAUACAGAAGUUUUAGAGACGACUUGCUGAAGAGAUGCAAACUGAGACCAGGGUAUAAUCAUUGUUUAAACACCAGUUACAAGUUUUUGUACGUUUAUGUACUUCUUUUACAGACUUGUAUAUAUUUGAACAUAAAUUUAAAAAGUUUA